UCACCAAUCUGGCAACGCCGCGCGGUUUGUGCAGUAGAAAAGACGCCGAACAGAUUGUUUUCCUCGCUUUUCCAAUUUGUGUCCAGUUUGCAGUGAUUUUCCGCGUUGUUAACCCGAGCCCGGUAGCGAGUUAAUUGCAAUUGUCGCGAUGGCCGAGAAACUGGAGGCUCGCGAGGCGCUGAUGACCGAAAAGAAGGUCUGCCGCUUUUGUCUGACCGAGCAGAAGUUGGCCUCGAUUUUCGAGGAAAACUCGCGAGUGAAGACCACCGCCAAUCUUCCGCUGCAGAUCAUGGCCAUCACGGCGAUCGAGGUCUAUGCCGGUGAUGGAAUGCCUGGGCAUAUCUGCCUAGAAUGUCGUCUACUCUUUGAGCACUGCUACCGUUUCAAGCAGAUGUGCAAGAGGGCGGAAACCCUCCUCCGGCAAUACCCAUUGACCGGAAACUGGCCCGCGCCGCUGGAGAAGCCCCGUGCUCCCAUAAUGACGGUGGCUCCCAAGAAGGUGGUGGUUAUACCGGCUGCAGCGGCAUCCGAGGCAUCCGCUACCGAAGCUCCCAAAAAGCUGCUGAACACCCUGGCCAAGUCCAACCCGGUGGUCAUCGAGAAUGUCCAGGUGCUGGAGACCACCUUGUUGCCCCACAGGAAGGUAGCCGUCUCCUCUCCAGUCACCACCAGUCGCCGAUCCCAUGCCUACGAGCUGAAGGUGGAGAACAACCAGGAGCUCUCCAUGGACGAUGUGCAGAACAUGCUGGAGGACAUGGCCAACGAGCUGGACAAGGAGUUCGAGUCCGAGUCCACUCCCAAGUCGUCACCCGUGAAACCAAAGGUGUUGAACAAGUCGUCGAUUAGGAUCCUCAACAAGGGACCGUCUGCUCCGGUGGAACCACGCCUAGCCACACCCCAAGUCAAGCGAGAUGACAGCGGCAAUGUGGCCAUAGUGACCGAGGUUUUGGACGCAGAGCUGCCAUUAGACGAUCAGGAUGAUCCUACGAAGAAUGCCGAGACGGUGGCCACCGACGUGUUUCCCUGUCCCGAUUGCGAGCGCUCCUUUCCGCUGCAGCAGCUGCUCGAUAUCCAUCGGCUGAAUCACACGCGCUCGCGCAGCUUCCAGUGUCCUCACUGCGAGAAGAGCUUCUUCUCCAAGUAUGACCUGGCCAAGCACAACUUCAUCCACACCGGCGAGCGACCCUUCAAGUGCGCCGUCUGCGGCAAGGGCUUCACUCGGAAGGCACUGCUUCAUCGCCACGAGCGCACGCACACGGACGUGCCCAAGUUCAUCUGCGUGUAUUGCGAGAAGCCCUUCCUGUCGCGCCAGGAGAUGGAGAAGCAUGCCGAGCGGCACCAGAAGAAGCGCCCAUUCCAGUGCGGCGUGUGCACAAAGUCGUUUGCCUUUAAGCAGGGAUUGGAACGCCAUGAGGUUGUCCACUCCACCAAUCUUCCCUUCCCCUGCCAGCACUGCGAGAGGAGCUUCUCCACCGCCUCCAAGCUGGCCCGUCAUCUCGUGGCCCACGCCGGGAAGAGAGCCUAUCCCUGCAAGUACUGCCCCAAGUCGUACAUGCUGUCCCACCAUCUCUCGCGGCACCUGCGCAUGCACACACAGACCUCGGACGCCUCGUUCGUGUGCAGCGAUUGCAAGAUCUCGUACAGCACCUACAACAGCCUGCUGGAACACUCGAGAAUCCAUGCUACAGCCACUCUGAAGUGUCCCAUGUGCCGGGAGCAGAUCGAGGACGUGGAUAGCGUUGAUGCCCACAUGGAGCAGCACAAGGAGAGCGAGCGUCACGCCUGCGAGUUCUGCGAUCACAUCUUCUUGACCCAGAGCUGCCUGCAGCGGCACAUCGAGGACGAUCAUGUGAUGGACAUGGAGCCGUACCAUAACGACGACUUUGAGGAAGAGGUCGAGAGCAAGGAAGACGACAUUAUCGAGGAGGAGGAGGAGGAAGAUUUAGACGAAGUAAAGGCUGAAGAGUUUGAGGAGGAGUAUCUGGAAGACGAUACCCUCGAAGAGGAUCACCUGGAUGAUAGCGACGACUCCUUUUCGCCGCCGCCGCCCUCUAAGCAGCGCAAGAUAAGCACUCUUAAGGGAGUCCAGCAGUCCUCGCGCCAAACACGCAGCCGUGAUACUCCAAAGGUCUCGCCAAAGGCUGUUUCAGUAAAGAAGGAAUCCAAGUCGCCUCCGAAGCCGGAGCGAUCACUUGUCAAGAAACGCAGAGCCGCUAAAUAAGUACUCGCGGCUAUUGUAUCCAUGUUUAUGCUUACACAUUAAAGAAUUUAUGUACUCCAA